AUGGAGGAAAUCAGAAGGUUCUCAUGUGUAACUGGCUUGAAAGCUAAUCCACAAAAGUGUAAGGUUUAUUUUGGUGGGGUAAAUACUGAGGUAAAGAAUGAUAUUAUGGCUAUCACUGGUUUUAGUGCAGGUACUUUUCCUUUCAAAUACCUGAGGGUUCCAAUCACAAGUAGGAAACUACACAUCGCCUUAUACCAGCCCCUCAUUGACAAAAUUGUGCAGAGAAUGAGUUCAUGGACAACUAGUCUUUUGAGUUAUGCAGACAUAAGGCUGCUGAUUCAGAGUGACUUUUUCUGGUGCAACAAGGGUGACAUUAGUAGAAAGUCUCUCAUUGCAUGGGAGUCCAUCUGUGAGCCUCGAAAUGCUAGGGGUUUAAACCUGGUGGAGCUAAAUUACUGGAACAAAGCAACCAUAAUUAAACUUCUUUGGAACCUCCAGGCCAAAUCUGAUAAGUUGUGGGUUAUUUGGAUGCACACUUAUUACUUGAAGGGAAAUGAGGUCACAAACUGGCAUAUGCCUAGUAGUUGUUCCUGGAUAAUGAGAAAGAUGUUAAGCUAUAGAGAGGAAUUAGAACACAGUGACUACUGGCAGUCUGCUAUUCAGGAUGGGAGUUACAAGACCAAGCACAUGUACAAUAACCUCUGA